ACAUUUUCCCCAAAAUGGUAUGAUCCAGAGAAUAAAGAGCGGCUGCGUCGCAUGCGUCAUCGGUCACAACUCGUUAAAAAAAUCGAAGAUCCGACGCUGUUUAACCUGCGAAGUCACUUCUGAACUUAGCCAAAACAAAAAAAAAUUAAAGAAUGGAGUGGACUCCGAUGGAAAUAAACCCCGAGAUGCUGAACAAGAUGAUGGGCAAGCUUGGCGUGGGUGGCUGUCACUGCGUUGACUUACUGGGGGUGGAGGAUGAUCAGCUCUCAGCUGUCCCCAAACCGUGCUGCGCCUUGAUGCUGCUCUUCCCCCUCACUCAACAGCAUGAGUCUUUCAGAGCUCAGCAGGCCGAUGAGGUUUCAGGAGGAUCUCAUGUUUAUUUCCUGAAGCAGACUGCAGUCAAUUCUUGUGGCACCAUUGCCCUGGUGCACGCCAUCGCCAACAUUAAGGAUAAAUUGACCUUUGACGGUGACUCCGUCUUGAACGCCUUUUUGAAGGAGACUGCCAACAUGUCUGCUGAUGAUCGUGCUAAAUGUUUGGAGAACAACAAGGCAAUCUGUGAUGCUCACAAUGAGGUUGCGAAGGAAGGACAAUGCCAGCCUGAAGCAGACGAAGUCAACUUUCACUUCAUUGCCUUUGUCAAUGUAAACGGACAACUUUAUGAAUUUGAUGGGAAAAUGAACGGACCAGUGAACCAUGGAGCUACCAAAGAGGAGUCUUUUGUUGCAGACGCAGCCAAAGUGUGCCGUGGAUUCAUGGAACGAGAGAAAGAUGAAGUUCGUUUCUCUGCUGUGGCUUUUUGUCAGUGUUAGAUAUUUGUCAGGUCUCUGAAUCAGCGAAUUGUAAACCACAAUGUUCUGAAGCCUUUUGCAUCGUAAACACAUUCAACCGGUACCUGCAGCGCUCUGUGUGCACGUACAUAUGCUGGCACUAUGCACUAUAGAGGAUUUCACCUCAUCACAGCUUAUUUUAGCAUUAGCACAUGUAAAAUCUUAUAAUCUUUUUGUUAUUCACACUUAGACUUGUGCAAACUGUUUCAUGUGAUGUCUCCAUUCUGCUGUGAAAACGUUAAAUGUUUUAUUUUUAAUAUGUUCAUCUGUGUCAAACUCGGACUGCUUGAUACCUUUUUGAACCAACAAGUAAUGAACUGAAGGGCAAAGUUUUUCUCUGCAAGCCUCCAGCUGUGUGGUGGUUAAAACAACUGGACAAUCCAAAAGCCCCAGAUGUAUCUGCAGGAAGAGAUGUUUUGUUCUAAUGUUCGAAGUAGUUUUCUUGAGUAUUGCACUAUUCUGUGAAACUGGAAUUUUA